UUACAUAUUUCGCCUUGUGCCUCUCAGCAGGUCUCUGCCAUGGGUGACAGGGAAACAAGUAAUCACUCAGAAGUGACUGACUUCAUUCUUGUAGGCUUCAGGGUCGGCCCAGAGCUCCAAAUUCUCCUCUUCCUGCUAUUUCUGCUUGUAUAUGCCAUGGUCCUCCUAGGGAACAUUGGAAUGAUGGCCAUUAUCCUGACUGAUCCUCGGCUGAACACACCAAUGUAUUUCUUCCUAGGCAACCUCUCCUUCAUUGAUCUCUUCUAUUCAACUGUGAUUGCACCAAAGGCUUUGAUCAAUUUCUGGUCUGAGAACAAGUCCAUCUCCUUUGCAGGCUGUCUGACUCAGCACUUUCUCUAUGCUCUCUUCAUUGUAACUGAGGGGUUUCUCCUAUCAGCCAUGGCUUAUGAUCGUUUUAAUGCCAUCUGCAAUCCACUCCUGUACUCUGUCCAGAUGUCAACACGUCUCUGCAUGCAGUUGGUGGCUGGUUCCUAUUUCUGUGGCUGCAUCACUUCAGUCCUGCAGACUAGUAUAACAUUCACCUUAUCCUAUUGUGCUUCUCGGACCAUUGAUCACUUCUACUGUGAUACUCGUCCACUUCAGAGGAUUUCAUGUUCUGAUGUCUUUCUUAAUAAAAUGGUGUCUUUUUCUUUAGCCUGCAUCAUCAUCUUCCCUACAAUCAUGAUCAUUGUUGUUUCUUACAUGUAUAUUGUAUCUGCAGUUCUCAAGAUAAAUUCCACUGAAGGGCGUAAGAAAGCCUUCUCCACCUGUACUUCCCACCUGAUAGUCGUCAGUGUGCUGUACGGUGCUGUCUUUUUUAUGUAUCUCACUCCUAACAGGUUUCCUGAGCUGAGUAAAGUGGCUUCCUUAUGUUACACCCUUGUUACUCCCAUGUUAAAUCCUUUAAUUUACUCUCUACGAAACAAAGAUGUCAAAGAUGCUCUGAGAAUGCUCCUGAAAAAAAGAAUACUUAUAUUUAAUUCUUUUUUAUCAGUGGCAUAA